UGCGCGCCAUCAAAUCGCUGCAUUUGUGAGAGUCGCAUCGAUAAGAGAGUUAUAUUUGUGUUUAUCUAGUAGUAAUUUUUAUAUCUUAAAUAAGUCAAAAUGAGGGAAAUUGUACACAUUCAAGCCGGUCAAUGCGGAAACCAGAUUGGAGCCAAAUUCUGGGAAAUCAUCUCCGACGAACACGGCAUUGACCCCACCGGAGCCUACCAUGGAGACUCCGACCUCCAAUUGGAGAGGAUCAACGUAUAUUACAAUGAAGCCUCCGGCGGUAAAUACGUCCCCCGUGCCAUCCUGGUCGACUUGGAACCUGGUACCAUGGAUUCCGUAAGAUCAGGACCCUUCGGACAGAUCUUCAGACCAGACAACUUUGUCUUCGGACAAUCUGGAGCUGGAAACAACUGGGCAAAGGGACAUUACACGGAAGGAGCUGAGCUGGUCGACUCCGUCUUGGACGUAGUCAGGAAAGAAGCAGAAUCUUGCGAUUGUCUGCAAGGUUUCCAGCUCACACACUCGCUGGGAGGCGGUACCGGCUCCGGUAUGGGUACAUUGUUGAUCUCGAAAAUUAGGGAAGAAUACCCAGACAGAAUCAUGAACACAUACUCAGUAGUCCCCUCGCCCAAAGUAUCAGACACCGUCGUAGAACCUUACAACGCUACCCUAUCCGUACAUCAACUUGUAGAAAACACCGACGAAACUUACUGUAUCGAUAACGAAGCUCUCUAUGAUAUCUGCUUCAGGACAUUGAAACUCACCACACCUACCUACGGCGACUUGAACCAUCUUGUGUCUCUCACAAUGUCUGGAGUAACCACCUGUUUGAGGUUCCCUGGUCAAUUGAACGCUGAUUUAAGAAAACUGGCAGUAAACAUGGUUCCCUUCCCCCGUCUCCACUUCUUCAUGCCCGGAUUCGCACCCUUGACCUCCAGAGGUAGCCAGCAAUACAGAGCUCUAACUGUACCUGAACUGACACAACAAAUGUUCGACGCCAAGAACAUGAUGGCCGCCUGCGAUCCCAGACACGGAAGGUAUCUCACAGUAGCCGCAGUGUUCAGAGGUAGGAUGUCGAUGAAGGAGGUCGACGAACAAAUGCUCAACAUCCAGAACAAGAACAGCAGCUACUUCGUCGAAUGGAUCCCCAACAACGUUAAGACCGCCGUUUGUGACAUCCCACCCAGAGGUCUUAAAAUGUCGGCUACCUUCAUCGGUAACUCCACCGCCAUCCAAGAAUUGUUCAAACGUAUCUCCGAGCAGUUCACGGCUAUGUUCAGGCGUAAGGCUUUCUUGCAUUGGUACACCGGCGAGGGUAUGGACGAGAUGGAAUUCACCGAAGCCGAAUCCAACAUGAACGACUUAGUAUCUGAAUACCAACAGUACCAAGAAGCCACGGCUGACGAGGAUGCCGAAUUUGACGAAGACCAAGAAGCCGAAGUCGAUGAAAACUAAGUUAUUAUGAAUGAUCUGAACCAGAGUUUUUUUUAUAAAUAGAUGUUAUUUUUCCAAAGUCGGUUGGACUGGUUAGGGGCUCUUAAUUUCGGCACUAUCUUUGUCGUCUUAAUUAAAAGUCUCAGCAGUUCCAAUUGACUAUAAUAAUUUUGCGUGUUUAUUUUGUAAAAAGUUUUACAUUCCUAUUUUUGUAAAUUAUCGAAUGCAAGUUUUUCAAGACUGACUUUCCGUUGCAUUGAAUUUGAAGGAAUUUUUUUAUAUCUGUCCCUCUUUUGUUUAUGUUUGUGCGUAUUUUGCUUUACAGAAAUAGGCAUUAAACUUUUUGUUUGGCUUAAAAAGUUUACAUUAAAAUUUUUAUAAUUUAGCGGCAGCACUUAACAUAAAACCCAGUUUUUUUCCCUUUUUCAAAAUUAAUUUGUUCCAUUAAAUUUUUGUAUA